AUGGUCAAUUCAGUCGCUGAUCGUGAUGCUCCUAUUUCUAUGCUAUCAGUUAGGGAUUACUUCCCUCAAUUGUCAAAACAGAAGCAGCUGUACGCUCAUUAUAUGUCAAAAGCAUCUCAUGCGGGAACAAGAAUUGUUCUAAGACAGGUUUCCAAAGAGAGUGAAUCGAUUUACGAUACUUUGCUAUACGUUCAUCUUCAAUUGGAUGGUAAUUAUCCUGACGAACCCGAGACUAAAUUGUAUCUAGACUACUUUUCUCAAUUUUUGUCAAAUUUAGGGAACUACAAAUCGUUUGGUGAUGCUAAAUUUGUUCCUGGAUGCUCAAAGGAAUUCUUUACCAAAAUUUUGAAAAGUGCUUCUUUAAAAUUGGAAAAUCCACCUCCAUCUGGCUCCAAAGAUUUCAACACUCUUGGACAAUUGGUCGAUGAGGGCAUCUACUUCAUUAAUGAAAAAAUUGCAUUCCUAGGUUAUCCAUCCGAGGGGUUUGUGUCCUCAUAUUAUCUUGGUGGUAAAGUUUCUGCUGAAGAUAUGGCUCUGCUGAAGCAAGAAGUCUUUGGUAGACUGGGGAUCUUGCCUGAAAACACAAGGAUUGAAAAAUUGAAGGAGAAGGAAUUUGCCAUUUGGGUUGCAUCUGAGAAUAAAACCAAUACAUUGGCACCAACUUAUCCAAACUCCAAUUUCACUCUAUCCAAUGGCUCUACCGUAAGUUUUAAAUUUGGUGAUCACUCAAGAGAAUUGGGAAUCGUAGCUUCUUAUUUACAAAAAGCUAAAGAAUACGCUGCCAAUGACACUCAACGCCAUAUGCUUGAUCAAUACAUUGAUCAUUUUACUUCUGGUUCUUCCCAUGCCCACAAAGAAGCGCAAAAAUUGUGGGUUAAAGACAUUUCACCUGCCAUUGAAACUAACAUCGGUUUCAUUGAAACUUAUAGAGAACCUUCAGGUAUCAUUGGUGAAUUUGAAUCCCUAGUGGCUAUUCAAAAUGAAGAAAGAACCGCGAAGUUUUCGACUUUGGUUUCCAAUGCCCAAGAUUUUAUCACCUUGUUGCCAUGGGAUUCAGCAUUUGAGAAAAAUGAAUUCCAUCCACCAGAUUUCACUUCUAUAGAGGUUCUCACUUUUGCAGGUUCAGGAAUUCCUGCAGGUAUUAACAUCCCUAAUUAUGACGAUGUGAGACUUAACGUUGGGUUCAAAAAUGUUUCCCUAGGUAACAUUUUGAGUGCAAGCGCCAAGGGUUCAUCUACUCACCCACCAAGUUUCAUUGCACCUGAAGACCGCCCCAUUUACGAUAAGUGCCAAGGAGACUCAUUCGAAGUCCAAGUUGGUAUUCAUGAAUUGUUAGGACAUGGUUCUGGUAAAUUGUUGAGUGAAACCAAGGACGGGUUUAAUUUCGAUAAGGAGAAUCCACCAUUAGGUCUCGAUGGUAAACCGGUAACUACUUACUACAAAUUGGGUGAAACCUGGGGGUCAAAAUUCAGUUCCGUUGCAGGAUCAUUUGAAGAAUGUCGUGCCGAAGUCAUUGCCAUGUACUUAAUCACUAACCGUAAAUUGUUGGAAAUCUUUGGAUUCAAAACUAAAGAAGAUCAAGAUAACAUCAUUUAUGCCGGUUAUUUACAAAUGGCUCGUGCUGGGUUAUUGGCACUUGAAUAUUGGGACCCUGAGUCUGGUAAAUGGGGCCAACCUCACAUGCAAGCAAGAUUCUCUAUCAUGAAGACCUUCUUAAAGCAUUCACCAAACCCCAAGUUCCUCCAAAUUGAACCAUUGGAUGACGGAAAAGACCUUGUUAUCAGAUUGGAUAAAUCCUUGAUUGAAACCGCUGGUCACGAAUGUGUCAAGGAUUAUUUACAACACUUGCACAUUUACAAAUCGACCGCGGAUGUGGAAAAUGGUUCUAAAUACUACAACGAAAGAUCACAAGUGACGCCAGAUCUGGCCAAAUUGAGAGACCUGGUGGUCUCCAAGAGAUUGCCCAGAAAACAAUUCGUCCAGGCCAACACUAUCUUGACGCCAAGUGGUGAAGUCGAAUUAAAAGAAUAUGAAGAAACGCCAUUUGGAUUAAUCAAAUCUUUUAUAGAAAGAGAGACUUGA